CCUACAUGGCGGUUUUUACCGAUGAUGUUGCGUCCGACUGACUUGUUGCAUCCUGUAUACGGACGCAAGACUGACUAUAUCUCAAAUUCAGCCAGAAGUAGUGGAAAGGUUAGUACAAUGGCUGGGUGAAAUAUUGGCAUGGACGUUGUUUUGUCACUGGAGUGCCUUUCAGCGUAUUUCUUAGUUCCGCUGUUUGACGCGCGAAUUUUGGAGGGCGCUCUUUUGCAUCGUAUAUCAGUGGCGUAUAUUCGAUAUUUUGUUUUCGUACAAAACGUCGAUAAUGUGGCUUCUGUAUAUAAUAAAAGUUUUUAUCAAUUCUAAUGUGAGAUUUAAUUGCGUCACACAAAACGACAUUAUCCAGAACAAACGUGGGGCCCACAGAGGUGAGGGAGCGGAGUUCGCACGCGACAUGCAAGCGGCAUGUUUUUGUUAUAUUUCGGCCUUAAAACGCGGACGUAACGACGCUUGUGGUAUAAAUAUUGUAUAGUGGAAGUAAAAUAGCAGGCAUCAUGAAAAGAAGUGCCAGGAUACUCGCAUUAGCAAGAGGAAAUAAAGAAAAUUCACGUGAUUUAUUUGAUUCAACGUUGUUCAAUGAGGAACAAAUAUCUGUUUCAAGUCCUGAUUUUUCUGACACAGAUUCCAAUUAUGCACCGCCUGUACAAGAUACUUCAUCUGAUGAAUCUUACUUAUACGAUGACAAGAUUUUGGAUCGAUUUUGCUCAUUUGGCAAUGUACCUCAUUCAUCAGAAAAGUUUCAUCAGAAAAACUACUCAUUAUUAGAACUCAAGCCCAUAUCCGCCAAAAACAUUGAGCAGCCUUUAAAUGAAGAAACCUCGGUAAUCUGUAGUGAUAGUAUUUUAAGUGAUAUAAGUAAUUCUCCUGGCACAACUCUUAGUGUGGAUAGUAGAUUAUUAAAACCAGUAUCCAUAUCGACACAUAAAUCUAAUUCUGUUGUUUCGGGGGACACUGCAACUGUUAGCAUUAGUAACCAUACCCAAGAAGAUGAGCUUACAAAUGAUGAUGAUUUUAUCAUACCAAAGAAACCACCUAAAUGCAACCGCGCUAUCCGAAGUAAGGACUACUGUUUUUUCUGUGAAGGUUUUGUUUUAAAUUUUGCCAGACAUUUAACUAGACAUCAUGUUUAUGAACCUGAAGUCCAAAAAAUUUUAUCGGUGUCCAAAAAAAGUCAAGAAAGAAAAAAUCUUAUCAUGGCACUACGAAAAAAAGGAAAUUUUAUUCAAAAUUCAGUAGAAAUUACUAAACCCAUGCGAAAACAAAAAUUUACAGAUUAUUUGCCCUGUACAAACUGUCUAGGUUUCUACUCAAAGAAACUUUUGUGGAAACAUAUGAAAAAGUGCACACAAAAUUCGAAUAAAACUACUGUAAAUGUUCAAUCUGAAGCCCAAAACCUAUUAUUAAGACAUUUAAAAAUAGAUGAAAAACUUAAGGAUACUGUAUUUCUGCGAAUGAGAGCCGAUAAAACAUCACUUGUUGCCAAAUCAGAUGUCCUGAUAUGUAGUUUUGGAACACAGUACAUGAAAACCCACAGGGAAAAACAUUUUGUAAACGUAAUUUCUCGAAAAAUGAGGGAAUUAGCGAAAUUAUUGCAAGAAAUGAAAAAGAUUAAUCCUUCCAUAAAAGAUUUAUUUGACGCACUUAGACCGAUACACUACGACACCAUUGUGGCAGCUACAAAAAUAGUGGGAAAGUAUGACUCUGAAAAAGAUAGAUUUGAAUCACCCACAUUUGCUAUGAACAUUUCUACUAGUAUAAAACAAUGCUGCAAUAUAGCAAUUUUAUUUGCAUUAAAAAAACAUGGACCUUACAUGGAAACAAACACGGCAGAAAUAGAAGCAGACCUAAAAACUUUAAUUCAAAUCAUUGACUCAAAUUGGAAAUUUGAUAUAUCUAGCCAAGCAGCAUCUGAUCUUAACACAAAUAAGUGGAAUAAAGUAACCAUAGUCCCGUUAGCUAAUGACUUAAAAAUCCUAAAAGAAUACCUCGGAAAAAAUCAGAAGAAGCUGCGAACAAAAUCAAAGAAGGUUUAUUUAAUGUUUCGACUUAUAUUCAGCUAUUAGAGACUGUAUACUGUAGAGUUUUGUUACUGAACAGACGCAGGCCUGGUGAGCUUCAGAGAAUCAAAGUUCACGAUUAUUUAGAAUCUGAUAAUAAUGCUGCUGAUAAAUACGAAGAAUUUGACCGGGCUCUUACCUUAUCGGAAAGAGUCUUGGUACAGAAAUUUAAAAGAGUUGUCAUUAGGGGCAAGCGUGGGCGCGGAGUUCCAGUUUUAUUUAAUAAGGAGGUCCAAGAGGACAUUAAAUUAUUGCUCUCGAUCAGAAACACAUUUGUUUCAACGUCAAAUCGUUUUUUAUUUGGAAAUCCAGGUUUUGAAAAUACAAUAUAUGGUUACAAAGUACUGGAAAGACAUGCCAGGCUAUCUGGGGCAAAAAAUCCGAAAUCAAUUUCAUCUACAAGGCUUAGGAAACAUUUAGCCACGUUGUCCCAAAUAUUCAGUAUGUCUGAAAACGACAUGGAACAGCUAGCUACAUUUAUGGGCCAUACAAGUGAUGUACACAAAAAAUCAUAUCGGCUACCGGAUGAUAUCUAUCAAACUGCCAAGAUAUCUAAGCUGCUCAUCCUUAUGGAAGAUGGGAAAGCAGACGCUUUCAGAGGCAAAUCCCUGGAUGAGAUUGAACUUGACUUAAAUGAACAAUUAGAUGAAGGGAUGACAGAAAAUGAAGUAAUUUUAGAUUAUGAUGUCGAGUCACCUGGACGAACGCAAGAUAUAACAGACGGAAAUAAGUCACGACUACCGCGAUCAACAUCACCACCACCUCAGCCAGGACCAUCUGGUCUACAAACUAAUACCUUUGAGUCUGUUCAUCACGUCAAGAAAGGCAAAAAGAGGACCCUGAUACCAUGGACUGCAGAACAAAAAAAAGUGUGCUCUGCAUUUUUUAAACAUCACAUAAAAAUGAAACAACCACCUAAAAGACACGAAUGUGAGGCUCUUAAAGAAAAGCACCGAGACCUCCUGCAUAAUAAAGAUUGGCUCAAAAUAAAAGUAUUUAUACAAAACAUUUACAAUAAGAAAUAGUAGCUUGUACUUUAGUUCGGCUAAACGAAUUACAACUUUUUAAAUUUUAACCACGUGUCACGUGGGCGGAGCCACGGUAUUGCCUUAAUACACAAGUUAAUUAUAGUCAAUGACACUCUAUCUCUCUUUCUAUCUAAAUUUCUUAGAUUGCUUUUAUGUUCCGAUUUCGGUUUAUUUGAUUUGUCCGACACAUUGAUUAUUAUAACUAUGGGUCUACUAUUGUACCUACUUGAUUUGUAAACAAUAAAACUUAAAAAUACCUGCUAUUGAAA